AUGAUUUCGAUAAGAAGGUAUUUGCGAGUGCCGAAUGAGUUGAAACCUUCUCAGAUCUUCAAACAAGAUUCUCUUUCCCCGAGUAAAAUUGGACUUCAAAUCGUCCUUUUGCAAAUUUUCUAUUACACUACAGCCACUGUUCUUUUCUAUUGCUGGGGGAAAUUAGCGGGUUAUGAUCUCGAUGUCAAGGGAUGGCUGUUUUCCUGGGAAAAUAUCGACUUUACUAACGCAUAUGGUCUAUCAAUAUCACUGUUAUGGCUUCUGGAUUCAUUGAUAUGUGUUUUUUUCUUAACAGUUAUCGUUGGUCGGAGUAAACUCGCUUGGGACUUUGCCAUCACUAUACAUGCCAUCAAUUUUAUCGUCGUGUUUCUCUAUACGAGGAAAUUUCCUUCCUUUUCCUGGUUUUUUCUUCAAAUUUUAUCAUCCUUAAUACUGAUAUUUUUGGGGACUUGGACAACGAGAUGGAGAGAGCUUAGAGACACCUUUUUCGAUGGCUUGGUUGAUCCUAAUGAAGGAGAAAGCCGACUGGCUGCGUCGAGUCAACAGCGUAGUGAUCACUUAAUAUCGAGGCAAUCACCGAUACAACUUAAAGACCUGGAGAGCCAGAUAUGA